CCCGCCAAACAUGUAGCUUAUUUUGCAGCAUUAAGCUAGGUCUGUGGCGAUGGCCUUCCUACUUUUUAUGCUCUCCCUCUCUGCUCCACCUCUCUUUUCUUCUGACUACGACGACUGUCCAUUUCACCGGGCAACUUGUCCAAAAUGUUAUCUGGUAAAGAAGGGAGACGGUUGCGACGCAGAGAAACGUGAUAACGCCAUCUGGAAAUCUCAGGUGUGUGGGAAUAGGUCAAGUAAACUAGUGGGGGUCAACUGAGCUCCUGACAACAAAUCUUUUCUCUGGAGCCCCAUAGAAGGCUCAACCGGAAAUAACAGGCAAGACAAUAAAAUUUUGCUUCCCAAGAUUUACGCUGACAUGCUAUGUGAAUUAAUCAGGGGUUAACAGAGAAAUAACAUACUAAGCCGAAAUAUUUUUUAAAACAAAAAGCUCGAACCGGAACUAAACAUUGGUUUAAGGUGCAGGAGGACAGAUUUGCGGGUCGUACUUGUAAGUGUUUAGCGUUUACCCAUAUUUCGUGAACGUGAUUUAACGAUAAUGAAAAUAUAUUCUGGCAUGUAAGGUCUGCCGAAGAAACAGAGAACCGAACAUCUAAAUAAAUGUUUUCAGUACCUCGGUUCUACGGUGCGUGGAGGAUAAUAUGCCUUAAAACUGAGAAGCUAACGCCGACAACUCUGUGGUGGUGGUGGCCGUGUCACCGUCACACGGCUCCGGACGUUGUUUUAGAGCCGGGCGAGCAAAAAGGAGUCCGUAAUAACCAGGUAACCAAAAGGCAUAAAAAAGAAAGAUCUUCAUGUCGACCAGUACUGGACCUUUUUGACCAGCAGUACAGUCAGGAACUUGGAAAGUUGUGGGCGUCUGCAAGAUCAGUUCUCCUGAACCCUCACUCCUGGCAAUAUGGGGUCAUGCUUAACCGCUUCACAGCUGUGACAGAUGUCACACAGAUUCUCCAGUCACAGGGCUUUUCCAGGUUGCUGCCUCAAACAGAUGGCUCCACGUUGCUUUCCGAUUCUCCUUCACCAGCGUCAAAUUCUGAAUACCAGACAGGAAAAGACUCCCACUUCAUCUCCAAGUGGCCUCCUGAUGACUCCCAUCCUCAACCUGACAGCACCUCUCAUUCGCCCAGUCAGGACCUUCAGUCAGAGCCAUUACUCAGCUUGCCCCGUCCUUCACUACAGUGUUAUAUCCACCCAUAUCCACUCCGAUUUCCUUCUCAGGCUCAUAGGCCUGGUCAGCUGAAGCAGUACUACCUCCUGAAUGCUGCCUCCCUGCUUCCAGUGUUGGCUUUGCAAGUCAGAAAUGGAGAGAAGGUUUUGGAUCUUUGCUCUGCCCCUGGGGGCAAAGCCUUAGCCAUACUGCAGUGUGCAACCCCAGCGCUUCUCUGCUGCAAUGAACCAGAUCUUCACAGACGGGACUGGCUGACCAAAACUCUGGAAUCUUUUCUGCCUCACUCACUUAACAGCAGAGUGAUAGUGUCUGCACAGGAUGGACGAUGUUUUGGGCAGAGUGAAGCAGUAACAUAUGAUAAGGUUUUAGUCGAUGCUCCAUGUUCUAAUGACAGGAGCUGGCUGUAUUCUUGCAGCAGCCAGCAGGGGGAACAGAGACUGAAGGAAAGAGCCAGGCUGCCUGCGCUUCAGGCUCAGCUGCUUCAGUCUGCACUGUCAGCUGUGCGUCCAGGGGGCCUUGUGGUCUAUUCAACUUGCACACUGUCCAGCUCUGAAAACUAUGCUGUGGUUGAGACAGUUCUGAAUAACUGUCCUGAGGCUGAACCUGAAGACCUGUGGGAGGAGAUUGCUGUUCCUUUAUCCAAAUACUUUGCAUUUACUUCUGCUCAGCCUGGUCAUGGACAGACAUCUCUGGAGCCCUCCCUGCAGCCACAGAAUGGCGCUGUGUCCUCUUAUCACCACAGACUUGGCAUUUUAGUGGUUCCUCAGUCUGGCAAGACCUGGGGACCCAUGUUUUUGUCUCGGAUUAGAAGAAGGAAAUAGUGGGUAUCCUGAGCAAAAACAAUAUGUAGAAACAAAUGGCUGAACAGCAACAUUUUCUUUUGUUAGCUGUGGGGUUUUUAAGAUGCAAAGUACCUCCUAGAACUGAUUCACACACAGAAACAGACAAACAUACUAAUACACAUUUAACCUGUGCCACUUAUAGAGGAGGAAAGUAAUAGCAGCAGUAGUUUAAAUAUGCAGAUACAAACAUGUCAGUGUGGCCACAUGCAGGCAAAGAAAAGUCAUAACUGUUGCAGUUUUAACACUUGGUCACCUGCAAAAGAAUGUUUGUUGCAGCUGCUGUUUAAAGCAGCUGUCCUGUGUGUGUGUGUGUGUGUGUGUGUGUGUGUGUGUGUGUGUGUGUGUGUGUGUGUGUGUGUGUGUGUGUGUGUGUGUGUGUGCACGUGUGCGCGUGUGUGCGUGUGUGCGUGUGCGUGCGCGCCACGAGAUUUUACAUUUAACAUUAUUAUCUAAAACAGAAUAACAAUAGAACAUUGCUGACAUCACCUGCAGUGAUCUGCAUCAAACAUAGACCUGAGGCAACAUAUAUUUAUUUAAGGCAUGUGACAGUGUGAAAGGAGUUGGUCGUAGCGAUUACUUAAUAGAGAAUUAUCCAAAUCUGCAACUCCUCCUCGCAGCCGUCGGCUGUCCAACCGCAACUUUAUUGUUUUGGUUUACUCUCAUGCUGUUGUUUACAGCCACAGCAGGGAGCUGUUUUCAGUGUAAAAGCUCUAAGUGGAGUAUUAAGCAGCUAAACAGCCAGGUAGUUCCCUCAUCAAUUGGUAGAGACCAAAAACAGAGCUAAAAGAGACUGAAUAUUGGACUUGCAUUCAGAAACAUGACUCCAAAUGAAUUAUAACGUUGCUUUGAAAUUCCUGGCUAUGCAAAAAAAUAAGCAACUUUGGUAACAAGUUUUCCAUACCGACUUAACAGGUGAUAACACGUUAAUGUUGUUUUAACAACUUGUUUCUGCUGACACCAAGAGCCCCAAAAAGUUUUCUGUUUGACUCUUCAGCCCACCACCUUAUUAUUCAUUGUUUUAUGAUUUGUAUUCAUUAUUUAUUGUUCAUUAAAUUAGUUGUCCAAUUAGAUGAAACCGACUGAACUCUUUCUCAAGUGCUUCACAUACACACUGUGUCCACAGUGUAUAAUACAUUUGGUACCAUAAGACAGCAAUAUUCUACGGUGUGAGAUUGUAUUAUUAAAAAUUUAUUGACAGUU